UUAUUUUAUUCAUUCAAUUUCAAGACACCAACGGAGGCUACUUGCUUUUUCUUCAAAUAGCCAUCUUUUUUAUCAAUCAUCAUCAUCACCAUCAUCAUUACCAUCAUCAUCAUCUUGUGCACAUACCAUUCAAACCAUUUCUGUUUGUCCCUAAACUUGUGAUGUUCUUGGUUUAAGCCAAUUUCACACCCAGAUUCAUUUUUGUGUGGUAAAAUAUAUAGCAAAAUCAGUCACAAAUUUUGCAAACGGCUAAACUCUCUCUCUCUCUCUCUCUCUCUCUCUCUCUUGUAGUGACUUUAUCAGAGGGUUGAUGGGGGAUUCUUCAAAUAGAGUUAAGCUCCGGGAUGGGAGAUUCUUAGCUUAUAGAGAAAGAGGCGUUCCAAAGGAAGAGGCCAAGUACAAGAUCAUUCUUGUUCAUGGCUUUGGAAGCUCCAAAGACAUGAACUUCUCUGCCUCAAAAGAGCUAAUAGAAGCGCUUGGGGUGUAUCUUCUGUUCUACGACCGUUCUGGAUAUGGAGAAUCGGAUUCAAACACAAAACGUUCGCUGGAAAGCGAAGUUGAUGACAUAGCAGAACUUGCAGAUCAGUUGGAGAUAGGACCUAAGUUUUAUCUAAUAGGAAUUUCCAUGGGAUCUUACCCUACUUGGGGUUGCUUAAAACACAUACCUCACAGGCUGUCCGGCGUGGCUUUUGUUGCUCCGGUUGUUAAUUAUGGGUGGCCGUCGCUUCCUAAGAAGCUUAUAAAGAAAGAUUACAGGAGAGGCAUUCUCAAAUGGAGUUUGUGGAUAUCGAAAUAUGCACCUGGACUGUUGCAUUGGUGGGUUAUUCAAAAGGUCUUCCCAUCAACUAGUUCGGUUCUUGAAAGCAAUCCAGUCUACUUCAACAGCCACGACAUGGAGGUUCUCAAGCGAACAACCGGCUUUCCCAUGCUUACUAAGGAUAAGUUGCGGGAAAGAAGUGUAUUCGAUACUCUAAGGGACGAUUUCGUGGCUUGUUUCGGGGAAUGGGACUUCGAACCCGCAGAUUUAAGCAUUACUCAAGAGAGCUGUGUUCACAUAUGGCAUGGCAAGGAAGACAAAGUUGUUCCGUUUCAACUUCAGAGAUGCAUUCUGCAGAAGCAACCUUUGAUCAACUACCACGAAAUCCCCCAUGGCGGACAUCUGAUCGUGCACUACGAUGACAUUUGCGAUGCGAUUCUACGCACACUAUUGCUCGGUGAAGAAGAACAAAAGCUCUUUGAACAAUGAAACACAUGUACAAAAAAAAAGUGAUUUGUUUCUGGGGUUUUGUAAAGGAUUCUCUUUUCUUGAUUCAUUUCUAGCAAACAAAAUAUGUUCAAACUGUGUAUAAUGGCAUUAACAUACAUACAUA